CAUAUUAUUCGCUGCGCCGCUCAAUACACGGCAGAGAGACGCCUGGUUUGGCCGAGGGCUGAGAGGCUUGAACAGCUCUUCGACAUCUCACACAACCUGAAAGUCAAAUAUGAGGGCAACUCUUGGGCCGGUGAUGACAUUCUUCUCUCCCCAUCGACAACGAUGAAGCCCAUCAACGAAUUAACCAUCUUGUCCCUGUUCCUCACUGCGGCGAGCGCAGCAUCGAUACUCUUCAAAGGUGGAACCGUCAUUACCUUCAACAAACAAACUCAAGGUCUACGCGUUCUCCGGGAAGGCUCAGUUCUUGUCGAGAAUGACCGCAUCACUGGCGUAUAUGAUUCAACACCCACCCGCAUCCCUCCCCGGACCGAGAUCGUCGACAUCGCCGGCAAGAUCAUCACUCCAGGGUUCAUCGACACCCACCGCCAUGGAUGGCAGACAGUCUUCAAGACCAUGGCUUCCAACACCAGCCUCCUUGAGUUCUUUGGCCGCUACAGCUCGUUUGUAGCCCCCUUUUUCUGGAAUGCCACAGACAUUUAUGACAGCCAGCUUGCCGGUCUGUACGAGGCCCUGAACGCGGGCGUCACGACUUCACUUGACCAUGCCACUCACACCUGGUCCAAAGACGCUGCUGAGGCGGGUCUCCAGGCCUGUAUCGACAGUGGGGCGAGAGUGUUCUGGGGAUUCACCUUUGCCAAUAUUACUGGAUUGAUCACAGUUGAAGAGCUGUAUCCAGUCUUCCGGAACAUGGCUGCCAAAACAGGACUGAGAAGCUCCCCUACUACUCUGGGCAUUGCCUACGACGGCUGGGGCCCGAACCCGAAUGUUGGGGAAAUCAACAAAAUCAUGGCGCUUGCGAGGGAGCUCAACGUAUCAGUCAUCACAACCCACUCCCUCCAAGGACCCUGGGGCUUCAGCAACUCCCCCGAAGACAUCCACGCCCUAAACUACCUCAACAUCUCCACCCCCAUCGUCUUCUCCCACGCCUCCUUCCUCACCCCCACCGGCGCCGACCUGCUACGGUCCACCAACCAGUACGUCUCCAUCACCCCCGAGUCAGAGAUGCACUAUGGCCAAACCCACCCAGUCGCCUACUCCAUCCAGGACCAAGCCUCCCUCGGCAUCGACACUCACAUCACAUUCAGCACCGACAUCCUCACUCAAGCCCGCAUCUGGCUUCAACAGGCACGGUAUGAGCGUUAUCUUGACGUGCUCGAGCAGGGAAAGCUACCAGCUAGCAAUCCCAUGUCGGUCGAGCAGGCAUUCUUGCUCGCUACUAGGAACGGGGCCCUGGCGCUGAGACGUGAUGAUUUGGGUGGGAUUUUUGUGGGUGGGAAGGCUGACUUGGUGGUGUGGGAUGGGGAUUCGCCGGGGAUGCUGGGGUGGGUUGAUCCUGUUGCUGCUGUGAUUCUUCAUGCAAGUGUGGGUGAUAUUGAGGCUGUGUUGGUGGAUGGGAAGUGGGUUAAGCGGGGGGGUAAGCUCGUCGCGCGGGGCUGGCCCGAGGCGAGGGCGAGGUUUUUAAGGACGGCGAAGAGGCUUCAGGGGGUGUGGAGGGGUAUGCCGUUGCCGGAGGCGCCGGCGGAGUUUAAUGGGAGCCCGGUUGUGCACCCGGAGAGGGUGGAUGUGGUUAGGGGGCCGGGGGAUGGGUAUGGGAAUGUUUACAUUUGAGUCAUUACACUGAGUGGAUGUACAGGUAUUCCUCAGACCCAAUCAACGGCAAUAAAAAACGACGUGGAGUACAAGAUGUGGGCUCGAGGCCAAUCCCAAAUGCAUCAAUGGAAGUGUCAAAGGCGGGUCUGAGUUGGGGAACUAAACUCGACGAAAGGAACAAAGACUGGUGUGAAUGUGGGGGCAAGGAGACAAUGCUUUCAUUCCUGUGUAGGUAGCCACAGCUAAGGCAACUCUUCUUCUUCUUUAAAACUUUACUUCAUCUGCCAGGAAAACAUGAACUCAUCCCUAAAGUAACUGGCUCACUACCUACCUUGGUAUCCGUCGUUGCCACGAUGUCCGAAUUGGCCAAAAGGCUGGCGCAUGAGAAGCUAGAAAAGCGCGGCGCCCCAGGUCUCUGUACAAUUCCCGAUUCACUUCCCGGACUAACUCGAGCACACAACGUGGAGAUGCCUGAGCCGACCAAUACUAUCCAAGAUGGCAUGGUAGAUAUCCAGACUCGCAUGGCUAUUCUGAGUGAUUAGAUCGAGCGCCUUCACAGCGACUUCGUCACGAGAACCAUCCCAGGGGCCAAGGGGCCAAUACGGUCAGUGGAAUAGCUCGACAGAUGAACAUAAACAAUGUCUAACAGAAGGCCUACCAGGUUCCACCGAAAGCUACACCCCCUCCGCCCCCUCCAACCCCCGGCAUUGACUCCCUCCCC